UGAUUAGAUAGCAUAAAUGCAAAAACUUAUUACUUUACGUAUAUAAGAACUUUCAUAAAUGAGAAUGCGAUACUGCGCAAUAACACACACCGUUGUUACUCACGACAUCUCAGAAAUGGCAAUACUUCUACUUCGUUUUUUUACUUAUCAUAAGCGCAAACAAAUGAUCUAGUGAUAUCAAAGAUUAAAUUUGAUACUUUCAGUUCUAUCAGUUAAUUUAUUCUCUAAAAGUAAGUAACUGCACUCAGGCUAAGAAUAUUUAUUCAGCAUUCCUUCCAUUGCUUAUCAUAACUUUAGAAACGCUGGAUACGUUCUGAUUCUUCAAGAAAAGUUUAUCAAGAAACAUGUCAACGAUAUUAGUCUUUGUGAGAGUUGUGUUAAUUUUGACUCGACCUAUUUUCCAAAUAGUCCUGAAGUAUAUUUAUCGCAUAUUCAUGGGAAGAACAAAGCCAGUGCCACCUAUAAGCCACAAAGUCCUUUUGAUGUCAGCCACAGAUAUAGCAGACAAAAUUCGAAAAAAGCAGUUGAAGUGCGAAGAUGUUAUGCGUGCUUAUAUUAACAGAAUUCGUCUUGUUGAACCCUAUAUAAAUGCUGUUGUUGACGAAAGAUAUGAUGAAGCUUUAGAAGACGCCAGGAGAGUGGAUCGUUUUUUGGAAAGUGGAGAAAAGACAGUAGAUGAAAUCGAGAGAGAUGAACCACUCUUAGGAGUUCCAUUUACAUGUAAAGAAUCAAUUGGGGUAAAAGGCUUAUCUCAAACAGCUGGUAUUUAUGAAGUAAAAGAUCGAAAAGCAGAAAACGAUUCUGAUGCCGCUGGUUUUUAUAGAGCAGCCGGAGCUAUUCCUGUAACUGUAACCAAUGUUCCCGAGAGAUGUAUGUGGUGGGAUAGUGCAAAUCACAUUUACGGAAUUACAAAAAACCCUUUUGAUCACUCUAGGACUCCUGGUGGAAGUACAGGAGGCGAAGGAGCUCUUCUAACAACUGGUGGAGCGGUUAUCGGCAUUGGAAGCGAUGUAGGUGGAAGUAUUCGAAUGCCCUCUUCUUUUAAUGGCAUAUACGGACAUAAACCUACAGCCGAGGUUGUGUCAAAUGUUGGAAAGUAUCCAUAUCAUGAAGUACACAGUAAGAAAGUAGAUCACAUUUCCUGUACUGGCCCCAUGUGCCGAUACAUUGAAGAUCUACCUCUUCUUUUGAAAAUUCUAUCCGAAAAUGAUCAAAGGCUACAGUUGGAAAAUAAGGUCGAUUUUCAUAAAGUGAAAGUAUACUACAUAGAAGAAUUUCCUGAUAUACCAGCUGAUCCAGCUAUAAAACAAGCUAUUAGAAAGGCUGCUCAUUUCUUUGAAGAACAAUAUAACAUAAAAGCCAUUCCAUUAAAACUUCCAGAGUUAAAGAAUGCUUUAGACAUGUGGCAAUGCAAACUAUUAGAAACAGAUAUUCCUCCGUUUAAACUAUGUUUAGCACAUAAAGACGGUAAAACCAAUUUAUUGUUAGAACUUCUUAAAAAUAUCUUUCACCUCUCACAUCAUACGCUUCAUCUCAUUUACUACUCAAUGAUUGAAAUAAGAGAGAGAGACCAACGGUACUAUGACCUUUUGCGACAAUAUGGAGUUCUGGAAAAAAAAUUUCAAGAAAUAUUUAAGGAAGAUUCUGUACUUUUAGUGCCAACACAUCCAGAACCUCCACCAUUUUAUCACUUAACUAUUCCUAACUUAGUUAAUGUUGGAUAUACUGCCAUCUUUAAUGUUUUGGGAUUUCCUGCAACUACCAUACCUGCUGGUAUGUGUGAUGGUUUGCCUAUUGGUAUACAAGCGGUGAGUGGACAUUUCAAAGAUAGACUGACAAUAUCCACGGGUAUGGAACUUGAUAAACUGUUUGGAGGUUGGAUUACUCCAGGGAUCCCCAACCCUAUGCCCGCGGGCACCAUAGCGCCCGUCGAUCGGUCUAGGUGAGCCCGCUGCUUGUGCCCAACGAUAAAAUACAAUAUUUAAGUUUUCCAUUUUCCCAUAAAAUGAUAUGCAAAAAUGAAUGCUGUAAAUUACUACAAUAGUUACACGUAAUGAAAAUUAUUACUGAAAUAGUUAACUUAAUUCUAGCAGCACCUUUGCAACUUCGACUUUUCAAGGCCCUGUUACAAAAAAAUCCUGAUGAUGCUAACUUCAUUUUACAUUCUGAAGUACGCUGGCUCAGUAAAGGCAAAGUACUUGAUAGAUUUAUACAUUUAAUCGAAGAAAUAAAAAAUUAUCUUGAAGCCAAAAAUCAAGUAUUUUUAGAACUAACAGAUCCUCUUUGGCUAGCAGAUUUGUCUUUCGUAACAGACAUAAUUGAAAAACUAAAUAAUUUAAACUUGGAACUGCAGGGAAAAGACAAACUUACUGACGAUUGCUUGCAAGUAGGAAUUUCCUCAUGUUCUCGCAAUUAGGAAACGAUAGACAGUGAAAUGCAAUGACAAAGAUCACAUUGACUGUAUUUUAUAAAUAAUUUUUAUACUUCGUAUGUUUUUCAAGCAAUUCAGUAAUCAUUUAUUUACACAAGAAUAUUAAUACUAAUUAUAUUCAGUUAAUUUUUAAAAUUAAAAAUUGUAUGCGCUAUGUGUAGUGUGUGUAUUAAUACCUAUAUCUACCAACUAUAAAUUUAUCUUGAAAAAAUAAAGGGUGCCCGCCAUUCAACCGAUUAUCUGGAAUUUGCUCUUAGGUACAAAAAGGUUGGGGACCCCUGGAUUACUCCAUGUCCACUUGAAGUUCUUUAAAUGUAUAAGGAAAUAUUCUGAAUGAGGUUUUCAUUGUUGUUACACAUAAUCAAAUACAAUAAUGAAAGUGUUCAUUUUAUUUGUUUAUAUGUGUCCUUCACAUUGAAUAAGAGCAUAUACAGUGCCUAUUCCUUUAAAGAUGUAAAUAUUCUCCAUCUCAAUAUAAACAGUUAAAUGAUAUCGAAUUAUAAAUCAAAACAAACUUUGUAAACAUAUAAUUUUAUUUAUUUUCAUGCUUUUUUUAUUGAAAUUAAAACAAAUUGUAUACUUACACUGUACAACAAAUCUGUAAAAAAAAAUUUCUGUGUGAUUUCGUAUAAACAAAAGGUUCCAUAUUCAUAUAUCAAAUCCACAAUGGACCAUCAUAUAGCGAGAGAAUUUGUCAAGCUUCUAGUCAAUUUUCAAACAUCUCAAUUUCCAAUACAUGAAAGGCCUCGAGACUUCGAGAAGUUAGUUAGGACUUUUGUCACCAAAAAUGUCAUCAAAGUCAUCCAAAAGAUCGCCAAGUUGGCGAAGUCACACUGACAAGGAGAGCGCAAGGAUAUUUGAAAAUGUAGUGCGUGGUAAACAAAAAAUAAUCACAGAUUCGACAAUGAAUUAUAUAAGAUAAACAUUAUUUUCAUCUAAAAGACAUUUUUCAUGCUGUACAAUGUUAUUAUUGAUUACACACGUGUUGAUAUAAUUUCAAGCGUGAAUAUCACUGCAAUCUGGAUCUUUAAUAAACAUUUGUGAUAAACUUAA